CAGCAACAACAGAAGCAGCCCAGACACUUGGUGAGCUGGAUGCAUGUUAGGCAGUAUGAGAGCUAUCAAAACACUUGCCUUAGGGCUCCGAAGCUUCCUCAGUUUAUUGGUGAUGUUAGUGGGGGGAUGGCAUGAUUUAGACAACAAAGACUAUGACUGUUGGCCCCUGGAAAAACCAGAUGAGUAUAACAUGCUGGACUGCGGAGGUCUGGAGAUGGCAUGGGUGAAAAGGCCUCCAGAAAAGGCUGUGAGUGGGGAAUUCUUCAAUGUGACCUAUGCAGUCUUUGCUUCAGAUGGCUUUUAUCAAUAUGCAGUGCAAAAUGGAAUCCUUUCUCACAGCAAUGCUACUGCUGCAAGGGAAUUCUGUGAGGAGCAUGAGUGCCCUCCCAGCUGGAAAGAUGCAAAUGGCGAGAACUGCUGUGUCCACCAUGCCAACAUUCACUCCUGUCCUUUGGCCUUCAUGGGUAGAGGAGGAAUAUGUGGUCCAUGGAUUCCUGAUGAUGGCCAGAUAUUUACUCACACUUUAUCUACAGCUGGCAAAAUGAGCCAAAGAAACUGGACUGCCAAGGUUGUUUUGGUUCAUGUGGGUGUGACUUCUCUCAUCGCACACAUCAGAGUUGGGAGAAUGCAAGUUGCUCUGGAAGCAAAAACCACAGUCCUUCCUGCAGUAGUUUGUGGAGAUGGCUUUUGUGAGGAAGAAGAAGGCUGCUCUAUAUGUCCAGCAGAUUGUGGCGAAUGCCCGCUAUCAGCUGAUGCUAGGAUAGCAAUUGCCUUUCCAAUAAGUUUAGUCUGCGCUGCCUUCAUUAUGACGGUCCUGUGGUUUCAAUAUCAGAAGCAAAAGUUGUUUUGGGAUGAGAGCUGGGUUAUAGACUUCAAAUGCAUCAAACAAGAUUCCAUAGCAGGGGCAGCAACAGGAAGCAUGAUGAGUUCUCCCCCAGCACCUAGUGAAUCCAAUACCAGCUCUAUCACUGCUCUGAGCUCCUGCACAGCAGCUGCUAAUGCGUCCAAGAAACAGUACUUCACCCAGACUGGGAGAUAUGAUGGUAGAACAGUGGCCAUAAAGAAAAUAAUGAAGAAGGCAUUCACGCUGACCAAAUCCAUACGUAAGGAAGUAAAGCAAGUAAGGGAACUCGACCAUCCCAAUCUCUGCAAAUUCAUUGGUGGUUGUAUAGAAGUGCCCAAUGUUGCCAUAGUGACAGAGUACUGCCCCAAAGGCAGCCUGAGUGAUGUUCUGCUCAAUGAAGACAUACCAUUGAACUGGGGAUUCAGGUUUUCUUUUGCUACUGACAUUGCCCAGGGAAUGGCCUAUCUUCACCACCACAAAAUUUAUCAUGGACGGUUGAAGUCUAAUAACUGUGUGAUAGAUGACCGAUGGGUUUGUAAAAUUGCAGAUUAUGGUUUGCAGUCAUAUAGAAAAGAAGAUUAUCCUGAAGGGUCGAGCUCGUAUCAGCAGCACUUUAUACAAGUUUACAUAGCUCCUGAAAUCCAUUCCCUUUCAGACUUUGAACCCAAUUCUAUGACAGACGUCUACAGUUAUGCCAUCAUUUUACUAGAAAUUGCCACAAGAAGUGACCCUAUGCCAAAAGAUGAUGUGCAUUCAGCUGAAUAUUCUUGGUGUCCACCUUUGGCAGAAUUAAUUUCAGGGAAGACUGAGAAUUCUUGCCCAUGUCCCACAGAUUACAUAGAGCUAAUCAGAAAGUGCAGAAAAAAUAAUCCAGUCCAAAGGCCUACAUUUGAAAAAAUCAAGAAAAUGUUAUACAAGAUGAAUCCUAAUAAAGUUAGCCCUGUUGACAUGAUGAUGACUCUGAUGGAGAAAUAUAGCAAACACCUGGAGAUACUGGUUUCUGAGAGAACUCAGGAUUUAAUGCAUGAAAAACAGAAGACUGAUCGUCUGCUAUAUAGUAUGUUGCCAAAGCAAGUAGCAGAUGAUCUCAGGCAGGGAAAACGUGCACAAGCUCAAAGUUACUUAAGUGCCACCAUCUUUUUCAGUGACAUAGUUGGCUUCACUCAGCUUUCCAGCAGCAGCACACCUUACCAAGUGGUAGAUCUAUUGAACAAGCUUUAUACCGCUUUUGAUGAAAUCAUAGAUAACUAUGAUGUCUAUAAGGUGGAAACAAUAGGAGAUGCCUAUAUGGUAGUGUCUGGAGUUCCCAGAGAGAAUGGGAUCCUUCAUGCCGGUGAGAUCGCAAGCAUGGCUUUAGACCUUGUGGCAGUCUGCAAGACGUUUAAGAUCCCACACAAGCCCAACACCCUUCUACAGAUAAGAGCAGGAAUACAUUCAGGGGCAGUUGUAGCUGGGGUUGUUGGGACCAAAAUGCCACGGUAUUGUUUAUUUGGAGAUACUGUGAACACAGCUUCCAGGAUGGAAUCCACCAGUGAAGCUCUUAAAAUACAGUGCAGUUCAAGUGCAUACCAGCUGUUGGAGCAGAUUGGAGAGUAUGUGUUAGUAUGCCGUGGGAAUUUACAAGUCAAGGGGAAAGGAGACAUGGUAACUUACUGGCUUGAAGGUAAGAAAGCCUCUGCCACCCAGAAGGAAGUCCCCAGCCCAUCUGUGACUCUUCAAGAUCCCAGCAGAACUUCAUUUAGUUUGAUACCAGGUGUCUUUCAGGGUGAUCCUCUCUCAAGUCCUGCUUACUAGCCAUUCACAUACUCCAACAUCCAUACUGCUUUCAGCCUGUUAGAUGACCCUGCUGAUUUGGAAAGUAAGAAAAUAGAUAGUAUGUCCCUUUGGCCUUGUGGUUGUAUUAGCCUAGAUUUUAUUCACUGGUAUUCCUCUUCUACCAGUGUCAAGAUGAAAAAAAAAUACAACAACAACAAAAAAAGGGUGUUACUGGGUAAUGGCCAGUAGCCACCAUCACCUCACAACCAGUUGGCUGGACAUUCAAACCUGUAGCUGCUCCAACAGUAAAGAAAUAGACAGAGUGGUGUUGCUGUUUAGUAGUAUGAUAAACCUUGUGGGUGUGAUUGGUUUUGUGGUGAGAAAGGAAAAAAAAUGACAUGUAGAUUGUGAUAGAAAACAAGGCCCAGUCAAAGAGGGAAUGAAGCACUGCAUUCAUAGUCAAUACAAGCCCAAAUGAGAAUUUGGAUUCCUGCUUCAAUUUCAUUCCAAUGUCAGAAGCAUAAAAAGAAGAAUAAGAAGAAAGUCUGGGAUAGUUCCAUAGAUUCAACACUCAGUAAUACCUUCUAUGUUUGUAGAGAGAUCUGAAAACCUUAGGACAGCGAUGGAAAUCAUUUCAAGCUGUUAAACAGAGGAGAGUCCAUUACAGCUGCCCUUGUCUUCAGCUGCUCUGGGACCUCUCUAAAAAACUACACUUAACAUUAGCUUGUAUUACGGGGUUGCUUUGACUAAAGUGGCUGUGAACCCCCUAUUGCUGGCUAGUUAUCUGACUGUGAAAUCAGGCAAGCCUCUGAGUCACCGUGUAAUUUAGGACACGGUUUAGAAAAGGUCAUUCCUGAACAAGCAUUUCCUGUAAAGAGAGAUGCAUUACUACAAGUGAUGAACAUGGUCUGUAAGCAUUGCUGGUAUUUACUUUCUUUAAAGAGUAAGUAUAUGUAUGGUAAACCCUGCCCGUACUUUUUAGGGUUCAGUUUAUGGCAGUAGAUUACGUUCCAAGGCUAACAUAUUUUUGAAGAAUUUGGGUAGUCCAGGUGAACUGAUUAAAAGUGCAACAGAAUUAUAUAUGUAAAAUAGGUGAGGAAAGCAUAGAGUCACAGCAGUUCCACCAUAACACCAUAUGGACUAGCCAAACCUGCCUGGGAGGAGGUAAAAAGGAAGGACUAAAAGUGACAUAGCAGUAUUUCCUCUCCUUUUUCUGCUUCCUUACCCUCCAGUCUGUUCCUGAUUCUAGGUACAUUUACAAAAACAUGUAUAUAAAUGCAGUUUUUCUGUCUGUAAAUUUGUGUAGCUCAGACAAGCAGCUGCUAGUUGCCCAUGUUCCCAUGAAGUCAGCAUAGUUUUAAUGUGGAAUAUUUGGUAUGUGAUAGUAAGAAGAGGUUGACAUUACAGUUUCUUCUUCACCUUCUGUGGGAAGUAAAUGCAGCAAGAGCAUUAGAUUUUUCCAAAUAUAUU